AUUUAAAUUUUUGUGCCAACAGAUGAAGCAAAAAAUUUAUUGCCCUAUCUUGGACCCAACAAAAUGAGAGAUUGUUUCUGCACUAUAAAUUUGGACCAAGAAGAAGUUUAUCGAACCCAGGUUGUUGAAAAGUCUUUAAGACCAUACUUCAGUGAAGAAUUUUACUUUGAGAUUCCAAGAACCUUCCAGUAUUUGUCAUUUUAUGUUUAUGAUAAGAAUGUUUUACAAAGAGAUCUUCGUAUAGGAAAAGUAGCCAUCAAAAAAGAAGACUUGUGUAAUCACAGUGGUAAAGAAACUUGGUUUUCACUGCAGCCUAUUGACUCGAAUUCAGAAGUUCAGGGAAAAGUUCACCUUGAAUUAAAACUGAAUGAACUGAUAACAGAGAAUGGAACUGUGUGCCAGCAGCUUGUUGUACACAUCAAGGCAUGCCAUGGAUUGCCUCUCAUAAAUGGACAAAACUGUGAUCCUUAUGCAACCGUUUCCCUAGUUGGCCCUUCUAGGAAUGACCAAAAGAAGACAAAAGUAAAGAAGAAAACAAGCAAUCCGCAGUUUAAUGAAAUCUUUUAUUUUGAGGUAACCAGAUCCAGUAGUUAUACCAGGAAGUCCCAGUUCCAGGUAGAAGAAGAGGACAUUGAAAAAUUGGAAAUCAGGAUUGAUUUGUGGAAUAAUGAAAACCUAGUCCAAGAUGUUUUCCUGGGUGAAAUUAAGGUUCCUGUGAAUGUGUUAAGAAAUGAUUCCUCUCAUCAAGCCUGGUACUUGCUACAACCAAGAGACAAUGGAAACAAGUCAUCUAAAACUGAUGACCUGGGAUCUCUUCGAUUAACUCUAUGUUAUACAGAAGACUAUGUGCUUCCAUCAGAGUACUAUGAUCCACUGAAAACUCUGCUGCUAAAAUCACCAGAUGUUCAGCCAGUAUCUGCCUCAGCUGCUUAUAUUUUGGGUGAAAUAUGUCAAGAUCAAAAGGAUGCUGUUUUGCCUCUUGUACGACUAUUGCUGCAUCACAAUAAACUUGUUCCUUUCAUCACUGCGGUGGCUGAACUGGACUUGAAGGAUACCCAAGAUGCAAGCACAAUUUUUAGAGGAAAUACCCUGGCAACCCGAUGUCUGGAUGAGAUGAUGAAAAUAGUGGGAGGACACUACUUGAAAGUCACGUUAAAGCCUAUUCUAGACGAGAUAUGUGAAUCCUCGAAAUCCUGUGAAAUAGAUCCUGUUAAGUUGAAAGAGGGAGAUAAUGUAGAAAAUAAUAAGGAGAAUCUGCACUACUAUGUGGACAAAGUAUUCAACACAAUUGUAGGAUCAAGUGUGAGCUGCCCCACUGUGAUGUGUGAUAUCUUUUAUUCUCUGAGGCAAAUGGCUGCUAAGAGAUUUCCUAAUAACCCUCAUGUUCAGUACUCUGCAGUGACCAGCUUUGUGUUUCUUCGUUUCUUUGCUGUAGCGAUACUAUCACCUCAUACUUUUCAUUUGCGACCUCAUUAUCCAGAUACACAGACAAAUAGGACAUUAACUCUCAUCUCAAAAACCAUACAGACUUUGGGAAACUGGGGAAGUCUAUCCAGAAGAAAGUCUCGUUCCAAAAAGUCAGUCAUGUGUGAAUUUCUCAAAAUGUUUCAAGAAGAAAGAUAUUUUACAGACGUGAAAAAGUUCUUAGAUGAAAUUUCAUCUACGGAAACUAAAGAGUCCAGUGGUACGAGUGAGCCUGUGCACCUAAAAGAAGGUGAGAUGUAUAAAAGAGCUCAAGGAAGAACCCGUAUUGGAAAAAAGAAUUUCAAGAAACGAUGGUUCUGCUUGACAAGCAGAGAGCUCACCUACCACAAACAGCCAGGCAAAGAUCCAAUUUACACUAUUCCAGUGAAAAACAUUCUUGCAGUGGAAAAACUGGAAGAAAGCUCUUUCAACAAGAAAAAUAUGUUCCAAGUGAUACAUACAGAGAAAACACUCUACGUCCAAGCAAAUAACUGUGUGGAAGCUAACGAGUGGAUAGAUAAGCUGUGCAGGGUGAGCAGAUGCAACCACAACAGGCUCAGUUCUUUUCACCCUUCCGCAUAUCUCAAUGGAAACUGGCUCUGCUGCCAGGAGACAAGUGAAAAUACACCAGGCUGCAAGCCAUGUACUGCAGGUAUCCCUGCAGACAUCCAGAUAGAUAUCGAUGAAGACAGAGAAACUGAAAGAAUUUAUUCCCUUUUUACCCUCAGUUUACCUAAGCUGCAGAAAAUGGAAGAGGCUUGUGGAACUAUAGCAGUCUAUCAAGGGCCACAGAAAGAGCCUGAUUAUUGUAACUUCACAAUUGAGGAUUCUGUUACGACCUUUAAGACAAUCCAGCAAAUAAAAAGCAUCAUAGAGAAGCUAGAUGAGCCUCAUGAGAAAUACAGAAAGAAAAGAUCAAGUAGUGCAAAAUAUGGAAGCAAGGAAAAUCCAAUUGUUGGGAAAAUAUCAUAGUUUGGCCAACUGAUGGAGAACUGGAAAAUAUUCUUUUUCAUGGAGUUUUUUAAUUCACCCAAUUUUGUUCAGAGUAUGUAAGAGCAGACAUUGACUUUGAUGACACCUGCUUUCACAUUGUAUUUAAUAUUUAAUGGUUGGAAUUAACUGUUUGGGAAUUCUGAUAUCGAUGAGUUUAUUACUAGAGAAUUUGAAACCCAAGAUUUCCUUCAAAUCCAAGUCACUGCAACUUCUUUCUGAUAGAAUCUUUCUAAGGAAGGUUCCUGAGAAGCUUUGUAACAAAGGGAGUACUUCAUAGUAAGGGGCCAUCCCUACUUGUAGCACUGUAUUGUGUGGACUCAUGUUCACUACCGUUAGUGCCUGCUCAAUACUGCCAACAUUGUGUUGUACUAGAAAAUCCCAGUCCAUUGUCCAUUCAGAGUUCAUCUGGACUUACCUCUCUAAAAAAGAAAAAGAAGAAAAAACAAAAACAGAGACCUUUUUCCUCUGUUGUGUUAGCCAUUACAGGUCAUAGAGACAGAGAUGAAGACCUCAGAACACCAUUGAAAGUUGGUGGAUGUUUUGCCUGGUCACAGGUGUAAGAGUACUCAGAUAGAUAUCAGGGAAUGUGUGCUUCUGUGUGCACCAUGUUUACAUUUGGAAUGAGUGAUAGCAGAUGAAAUAAAAUGAGACCACUAAUGUUUUUCAUUUUUUUAAAUAUCAGGUACUCAUUUUCUUAAUUUGAGGAUUCAGUUUAACAUUACUCCUGAAGGCAUCUCUUCCCAACCAGAAGAGAAUGGCGAGGGUGGUGAGAAAAUCAUUUGACCUUGCCUGCUGUUUCAUGUCAUAAUAAGGGUGUAUAAGGGUACCCUCCAUAUAGUGUUAGGUCCUGCUCUAACUCGAGAACAGUCACUUGGCGCACUUUAAUAAUCUGGCACAUUCCAGAUUGUAGUUUAGAUACUCCAUGGUAUCUAUCUUUUAUGAUCAGUUGAAUGAUCAGUGUUUAAGCCUAGAACAGUGCUUUCCUGAAAAUGUUUAUAUUUUAUUGCUGUUUCCUUAUUGACUGCUAACCAAAUGAAAUUAGCGUCAGCAAUUGUUGAAAUCCUGUUUUUCCUUACUCUACUUGGGUCCUAAAAACCAUAACUGUAAAUAAGAAGUUGAAGCAAGUGCCACCCUGGAGAGGAGUGAUGCACUUGGCUUCAUCAGUAUUAAAACCAUGGUACUUACUUGUCUUUUUUUUUAAUUCAGAACAUUUUCUAAGUGUGGUACUUUGAACCUUGGGGUAUUUACAUAUGUUCCUGUUGAAAACUGUGACUUAUUGGUGUAAGUCUAACUAGCUGUGAUUUUUCUAUUUGGUUCAGCUUAAGAUGUAUUUCAGAAUAUAUUUGCCAAUUAUGUUGUUGCUAGGUAAUUCUUUUUACAUUGUUACUAGGUAAUUAUUUUUAAAGAUUUUUAACACAGACUUGUCCCAUAAAAAAUCAUGACUGAAAAAUGUAUUUUUCUAAAUGACUUUUGUUGUUAGUUGUCUUUUCUCUUUGCUCUUUUGGGGAGCCCACCACCCAGCUCCCAAAUUAAUCACAUGGAGACUUACUAUCACUUAUAACUGUCCAGCCUUAGCUUGGCUUAUUUCUAACCAGCUUUUCUUAAAUUAUCCUGUCUACCUUUUGCCUAUGGGCUUUUUCCUUUUCUUAUUUCUGUAAUCUUAUUUCACCCUUACACUGUGGGUGGCUGGGUGGUUGGCCCCUUCUUUUCUUGUUCUUGAUCUCUCUUGCUUCCCGAUCCCUCUUUUCCUCUUAUUUAUUCUCUCUGCCUGCCAGCCCCACCCAUCUUUUCUCCUGCCUUGCUAUUGGCCAUUCAGCUCUUUAUUAGACCAAUCAGGUGUCUUAGACAGGCAAAGUAACAGCUUCACAGAGUUAAACAAAUGCAACAUAAAAGAAUGCAAUCCAUCUUUGCAUCAUUAAACAAAUGUAACACAUCUUAAAGUAAUAUUCCACAACAGACUCGGGCAAGAAUCAUGCUUAGUUGUAACUCCAGACCCAUGCUAAAGUUCAAAACAGUCCUUUAAAUCUGACAGACUUAGAGAUCCCAUUAACUACACUGUGUUGUAGAUGUUUAAAAAAAAAAAAAAAAAAAAAAAAAGUAGCCACUUAAUACAUUUCUCAUGAAAUUCCUAUUUAGAUUCUCCAAAAUGUCUACCUAAAAAGGACCAGUGGUCCAGAUAAAAGAGUUCAAGACUCUUUAGUGGUUUUAAAUCUUCUGUCGGUUGUUUUGUUGGGGUUUUCUCUCCUCCCAAGAGGAACUGUUUCCUAGCCUUUCCUUGUUGUUGUUUUGAGACAAGGUCUCACUAUAUACCCCUGGGUGGCAUGGAACUUAUAGAGAUCUACCUGCCUCUGCCUGGAAGAUCCACUUCCUAAGUCCUGAAAGUAAAAGCAUGGUCCACCUCAUCCAACACCCCUAACAUUUCUAAUAUCAAAUUCCCAAUUACAAAUAUUUUUAAAGAUCAUAGUAUCAAAAGGGCCAAAGGUAUAUACAUGUAUAACUGUUUGAGAGCUCAGUCAUCUAGUUCUAUUAUUUAUGUGACCCUUUAAACAGCCAAAUGGACAGGAAUUAAUUGGCCAGUUUGGCACAGUGUAAAAAGAGAACUAUAUAUAUCUUUCCUUAGAUGAAGUCUUUUCCAGUCAGAAAUCAUGUCCACAGGACCUUACGACAAUCAAGACCCUCCAGGGGCCUACUUUGCUCUGUGCUCUUGAGUACUGUGAGUCUUAACUUCAUGAUCUCCUCAUUCUACCUUUUACAAAGAGCAUUUGAAAAAAAUAUAUGGCAGCUCACCUCUCCCUAAAACCUGGAGACCCCAGAAAAGACAGAAGAUGAUGGGGGAGAUGAUGGAUGCUCACUAGCUCUGAGCUGUGUCCAUCCACUCAGUGUGGUGACGUGUAGUAUGUUUUGUUUAGCUUUGUUUUACAUCGUCAUCUGAUAAGACAGUGGGCAAUAGCAAAGGUCUUUACUCCCAGGAAUAUAACUUAUCAAAUCAAACUACUUUGUUUACCAAAGAAACAUUUUUUAAUUUCACGGGUAAUAACAAAGAGUCAAAACUGGGCUCUCGUUUUACCAACAGAAAGCAUCACAUGACUGAUGGCUGUGGCUUUUGUUUGUGUUUCCAAGACCUGAUUUCAUUCUUUUACUGGAAAAGCUCAUUCAAGCCAUGUUUUAAAAAACAGAUUUCUUUUAAAUGAAUGCACCUUCUAAUUUGCUUUAUGUACUGUUGAAUGGCCUAUAAAGACAGACUCAGCAGAGCUUUCUAGUGUCCUUACAUAUGUGACAAAUACAAAACUCAUUCUAGAGUUAAAUUACUGAUCUUGAUUGAUUUUUAACCUGGGAAUUAAUAUGUUGCUAGUAAAUACUGGUUUUUACAGUGUCUAGUUUGAAAAUGUAAGUUAUCAAGACGUAAUAUAGUGAAUUUGUGUAACCAUGUUGUAUUGUUGAGAAUGUAUUUUUAUUUAAAUUUUAUUUUCUUAUGAAGAGUAUUAUAAAAAUUAAAACCUUUUGUAACUGUCGUUUGAAAAUAACUCAAAUAAAGUACAAGAAGCCUGUC